UUCAAGCUUACUUGAUAUUUACGGAGCACGUAGAAUCACGAGCGCAUGUUCACUUUUCUUAAAAAGAUGGAACGAAUCUUCAUGAUUCACGUUGCUGCGGCAAUGGGAAUAGUAAUAUUGGCAAUAUUGUCAACAACAGCAGCAACUGCUGUUCAUUCUUCCGUGCUACAUAGCAAAAGUUCGCCUUACCAAGAGCAUGGUGGUUUAACCGGCGUUGUAAAACUUACUCCAAGUUAUAAGGAACAAUUUUCGUUAACAAAUGGUUUAAAAUCAAGUGAAAAAUCAAGUAAUAGUGCAAUCAAUUUGCUUCAAUCAAACACGGAUCAAGAUGGUAUUUACAGAAAUGAUAAGUAUUUAAGUUUACAGCCAAGUAAACACGUUUUACAAAUUGAAUCGAUAGGAAAUAAAGAUAAACAUUCGAGUACUUUAAAAUCUAUAGAAAAUCCAAUAGGUACAGAUAAUAUUUACGACGAUAAGGAUUCAUCUAAGGUUUUGAAUGGAUUAAAGAUUUUGUUGAAACACGGUGAAGCACCUUCUGAAGAACGGUCCGAUUAUAAUUUAGAAAAACGCGAGAAAUCAAUUCAUCAUAUGUCAAAAUUAAUACCAUCUGACGCGAAAAGUCAUGUAACUACGUAUGUAACAUCACAGUCUUUCAGUGGGGUACCUGAAAUGAAUACUUUGGAAUAUGUAAUUUCCCAAAAAGAAUUAGAAGAACCUGACUCAUAUAAAAUAUUUGGAGAGACUUUACCUGGAGAUUACGAAUCAAAAAAAUUACUGACGAUUCCAAUACAAAACUAUGAUGAAAAAUACAAUCCAUUAUUAGAAAAGCCACUGGAGUAUAAAUUCUUUAAAAAAAGUGGAAGUAACGAGAUUCCAAACUAUGAUGAGAUGUUCCCUCAAUAUCGUAAAAAUCAGAUAAAUGAAUUUCCGGACCAACGAAUAUUAUAUAAAUAUUCAUCAAAAUAUCCAUACAAUGAUGAUUCAACACAAAAAACAGUAACCAGUACAAUCGAAUUUAUUGAUUCACCCAAAUUAUACGAUGAUAAGACUUUAUCAAAACUUGUUCAUCAGAAACAUGCUAGGCAAGAAGAAAGUUACGCUUCCGAAAGGUUAGAAAAUAAUUAUGAGGUAAUGCAUCAUCAACAUAAACUAACCAAACCAUUACAGAUGACGAUUGAACCUUCACAUGUAUUGCACGAAAACAAAAUUUACCAAAUAAAUCAGGAAUUAUCUUAUCCAUCUACAAAUUCAGAUGAAGUGAAAAAUUACAAACUAAAAUCUUCUCAUCCGUAUAAAAUAAUAACUCAUCACUUGAAAGAAACAAAGCCGGUAGAAGAUGCGACAAAGCCGUUUCUUUCUAAAUCAGAACAUAAACCCCAGGACAUAAAAGAAGAAAGACAAGGACAUCAUGGAUCUAAACAUGCUAACACAAUAAAUAUCAUAAAUAAGCCAGAGAAGACAAGUAAAUCUUAUGAUGAAAACCAUUAUUAUAAGAUAAAAAUUAAGUCAUUAAUUCACGGAGUAAAUCCAGAAGAUUAUUCUGGUGAACCAGAUUUGAAUGAGUUCGAUGAAGUUUAUCCGUCUCAAGAAACCGAGGAAUCAUUCAGUGACGAAUUCCCUUACUCUGAGCCUGAUAAUUUUGAAUCAAAUAUAAAUAACAAUAUUUCAGAUGAGUCAGAAGAAAAAAUAUAUCAACAAAUAGAAUCACCAACUUACGAACCAUCGAUUCAAGAAAGUACUGAUUCAUCAGAAAAAAAUUUGAAUUAUCAAUAUCAAGGGAUUCAAAGCGACAUACCUAUUGAAGCUAAAUACAUACCAAAUGAAGAUUUUCUGAAACCAGCUCGCAAGGAGCCCAUGCCAUAUUCCGAUGAGGUACCAACUAAAUCAGAAUAUCAUUAUGUGCCUGAAACAUAUUAUACAAAGCCAGCUGAACCACUAGAAUAUAUUGUUAAGCCAGUAAGUCCAGGGACACAAGAGCAAAAAGUAAUUCAUUAUCCAAGGACCGGAAAUGACGUACCGAAGUAUACGAAAUAUAUACCUAGUGGAGAUGAACAAACACGGAUUAGUAAGAAAACUAUUCCAGAUACAUAUGAGGUACCUACAAAAAAAGAAUAUUAUAACGUACCAAAAUCAUAUUCUACAAAACCAACCGAACAGGUAGAAUAUUUUGUUGAGCCAGCGAGCCCAGAAUUCGAAUACAAAAAACCAGUAUUACCAAAGCAACUAGUAGUUCAUUAUCCAAAUGUCGAAAACAAUAUAUCAAGAAAAAAUAAAAUGACACCAAAUAAGGAUGCACCAACAUCAGCGAGUGUAGUACCGAUUGAAGAAUAUCAUGAUUCACAAGGUGAGCCAGAAUAUUCUGUAUAUGAACCAAUGAUUCCAAAAUACCAGCCAAAUCAAAGUAUGCACAAGGUACUAUCUAAACCUAAUAAUCCUCACGAAAGCCAAGUACAUAUUAAGAAAUCCCCUGAUCAAAAACAUCAAGUAAUUGGCAACAAUGUGCCGAAACACAUAAUACCGAAACAAAACGUCGAAGGACUGAAGUCACCAAAGUACAAUCUUAUUUAUCAUCCACGUAUGAAUAGCGAUAUUGAGAGUGUUGAUGAGACUAAAUACGUACCAGAAAAUGGAAUUUAUGCGGACAGUCAGAAGCACAUACCAGAUUUAUAUGAACUACCAAUUGAGUACAAAUAUGUGCCAGAAACAUACACCGAACCAACCGAGACAGUAUAUAAUGUAACAAAGCCAGAAAAUCCAGAAAAAGAAAAAGAAACAUCACCACUUAAUGAGCCAGAGUCGCCAAGGCGAGAAGUGAUAUACCAUCAUGGACCUGAAACAUAUACCACGGAGCAUAGCCAAACGGAAAAGUAUGUAAUUGAGCCUGCGAGUCCAGAAACUCAAGGCUCACCAGAAGAAGAAGUUUAUUCACCAGAAAUCGGCAGCGAUGUACCAAGCGACGUAGACUCUAUCCCGAGAGAAGAAGAACCAAUGCCCGAUAGCAAAGAACCUACGCCAUAUUCGCAUGAGGUCCCUACUCACCCGGAUUACCAUCAUGAACCCACAACAUACACAUCGGAACCCAACGAACCAGAGCAGUAUGUAAUCGAACCAUCGAGUCCAGAAACUCCAUAUGAAGAACUGGGCUCACCAGAAGAAGUAGUUUAUUCACCGAAAAUCGGCAGCGAUGUACCAAGCGACGUAGAGUAUAUCCCGAGAGAAGAAGAACCAAUGCCUGAUAGCAAAGAACCUACGCUAUAUUCUCAUGACGUCCCUACUCACCCGGAUUACCAUGAUGAACCAAUAACUUACACAUCGGAACCCAACGAACCAAAGCAGUAUGUAAUCGAACCAUCGAGUCCAGAAACUCCAUAUGAAGAACCAGGCUCUCCUGAAGAACUAAAUUAUUCACCAGAAAUCGGCAGUGAUGUACCAAGUGAUGUAGAGUAUAUCCCGAGAGAAGAAGAACCAAUGCCCGAUAACAAAGAACCAACGCCAUAUUCUCAUGAGGUCCCUACUCAUCCGGAUUACCAUCUUGAACCAAUAACAUACACAUCAGAACCCACUGAACCAGAGCGGUAUGUAAUUGAGCCAUCGAGUCCAGAAGCCCCAUAUGAAGAGUCUAUGUUACCAGAAGAAGUAGUUCAUGAAUCACCGUUCGAUCAAGAACUUUACUCAUCGAAACAAGACGUCGUUCAUGCUCCUGUGGCUAAUAGCAGAGUUCCAAAUGUUCUUGAACAAUCUCCCUCUAGAAAUGGAAACUUUUUAAAACUUGGAAAACAUCAGCCAAACCAUGUAGUCCAUACAGUACCAUCUGAAAGAAAUAAUCUUCAUGUUCAACCAGCUCAUAUUACUAAAUCUUCGGAACCCAAAUUUACAAUUUUAAAGCCAGAAAAGCCAGGACAUGUAUAUAAAGAACCAAAGGUCAUGGGAUCUAAAACACCGAAAUCAGAUGUUAUUUCAGUGCCUGAAAUCAACAGUAACGUGCCGAAAAAAGACGAUACAGAACCGUCAACGGAUAGUAUAAUUCCUUCAUCCGCGUCCAAAGAUUCGCCGAAAAUUACGUAUAAGACACUGGAUCAACAAGACAAUUAUGAUAUGCCAGAAAUAUAUUCCGAAUCUACGGAGCCAGAGCAGAAUAUAAUUAAGCCUGCGAGUCAAGAAUUUUCAUAUGAAGAGCCUGGCUCACCGGAAGAUGUAGUUUAUUCACCUGAGGUAAAAAGCGAUGUACCGAACGAUGUAAAAUAUAUUCCGAGGGAAGAACAAGCAACACCUGUUCAUGAGGAACCAAUACCACAAUAUCAUGAGGUCCCAACACAGCCGGGUUACCAUCAUGAACCCAAAACAUACGAUACAGAGCCUACGGUACCAGACCAAUAUGUCCUUGAGCCGGCGAGUCCAGAAACGUCACAUGAAGAGCCUGGCUCACCGAAAGAUGUAGUUUAUUCACCCGAGGUCGAAAGCGAUGUACCUAGCGAUGUAAAAUAUAUUCCGAGGGAAGAACAAGCAACACCUGUUCAUGAGGAACCAAUACCACAAUAUCAUGAGGUCCCAACAAAGCUGGAAUACCAUAAUGUUCCUAAAACUUACACUAUGGAGCCUACGGUACCAGACCAAUAUAUCGUUGAGCCAGCGAGUCAAGAAACUCGAUAUGAAGAGCCUGGCUCACCGGAAUAUGUUGUUUAUUCACCGGAGAUUGGAAGCGAUGUACCAAGCGAUGUAAAAUAUAUUCCGAGGAAAGAAGAACCAACACCUGUUUAUAAGGAACCAAUGCCACAAUAUCAUGAGGUCCCAACACAGCCGGGUUACCAUCAUGAACCCAAAACAUACGAUACAGAGCCCACAGAACCAGACCAAUAUAUUCUUGAGCCGGCGAGUCCAGAAACGUCACAUGAAGAGCCUGGCUCACCGGAAUAUGUAGUUUAUUCACCCGAGGUCGAAAGCGAUGUACCAAGCAAUAUAGAAUAUAUCCUGAGGGACGAAGAACCAACACCUUUCAGUACAGAACGUAUGCAGUAUCCUCAUUUGGUCCCAACACAGCCAGCGAGUCCAGAAACGUUACUUGAAGAGCCUGGCUCACCAGAAGAUCCAGUUUUACUUAGCCAACGUUAUACUUAUUCUUUAGAGAAUGUAGACGAUAUUCCGAGAGUUGGUUUAAAUUAUGCUUCAUACAAUGGAAAUGUUCCGUUUAAGCCGAAACAUAAUUUGUAUCAAGUUUCAUCCAAACCUUAUCUUUCCCAUCAACACCAAUCGCAUUUUAGUCAACCCAUAGAACUUAGACACCAAGUUCUUUCUAAAUCUGAAAGUCUUAAUAGUAAACCAAUUUUCAACGGAUUAAAUUUACCACAAAAACAAGUUUUCAUUCAUUCGCCGGAUAUGAAGAGCGAUAUCUCUAGUGUUAACCAUAUGGAAUACACCCCAGAGGAUAGUAUACAAGUACCAACGAGCAUUGAUAAGUCACCUGAUAUGUUGACAGUACCAACACAGAGCGAUUAUCCGCUUGAAUAUGAAUUCCAUUUUGUUAAUCCCAUCGAAGUUUCUAAUUAUGCAGUUGAUCCCUUGAAACCAAAAACGAUACAUUCUUUUAAUCCUGAAGUAUAUGAUAAUGAUCUUAAAAUUUCGAGAAAUGCUGAAGAAACACCGAUGUAUAUGGAACCUUAUUUUCCAGAGCAAGAGGUCGAAGAUGAUCAAACACAAAGGCAUCUUAUCGAGCCAAAUAUUUCAUCUCAAGAUAUAAAAUUUUUAUACAAUAACAAACCUAACUCAGGACCAUCACAAUCUAGUAUUAUUCAUACAGGAAAGUUAUCUUCUUCAUCUAGCAUAUUAACUCAAAAAACAAUACAUCAAACUGUACCACAAUCUUACGGACCAAUGCCAAGUAUAAAAUUAGUUAAUGAAAAUUCACCACAAACUUCUUCGAUUCUCAUUAAAAAGCUUAGUGAAUCUAUUAUGAAUGAUAAUCCACGUAAAAAUUCAGCUGAUUUCGUAGAAAUACCAAUUAAUAUUGAUGUAUUACGUAGUUCAGGUUAUGAUUCUUCUGGUAGCAUGAACACUUUAAAUCAAAAUUCUUAUGAUAGACCUAAAUCAUCAUUGUUAGUUCAUGUUUUAUCAAAAGAUAAGUCUGAAUCUUCGCUCAGCAAACCCAUACAUUCACUUACAAACAAUAAUCAAGUUACAAAAAGCCAACAGUAUCAAACACUUGAAAAGCCUGACCAAUUUGAAAUUGUAAUUGAAGAAACACAAGAUUCUCCAAGUACUUUAUUAAAUGAUGGUAUAUACUUUACACGGGACUUGAAUACUUCUCCGAUUCAGUAUGAAAUCGUUAGUCAGAGACCUGAAUCAAAAACGUUGUAUACAGGACCUGAUUCGUACUUUACAACGUAUGAAACUAGAUCUAAUCCUAUAACGGAUGUUCCAAGAGGAGAACAAAUAUGGACCGUUGGGUCAACAGGUAAACUUCCAUCAACUCUUUCCUCGUUAUCGUCAUCACAGAAAAUAGUCAAUCAACCAAUAAUUGAUGGAAAUGACGGAAAAAAUAGUAAAUUAAAAACUAGCCGCAUCUCAUCUCAUUCGGUUCUUCUUCCAUUUUCCCUCGUCCACAAAUCUAUAUCUGAUUCGAUGUCAACUUCCUCUUCAAUUUCUUCAAGUAAAAAAAGCUCAUCGUCACAAAAAUCAAUAUCGCAAAAAAAGGAUAAAAGUAGUAAAAAGUAAGUGAUAGUUAUAAGUUCACCAGGUUUUGUAGUCUUAGCGCUACAAAAAAAUUAAAAUAAGAUUAUUAAUCAUAAUUAAUCAGUUAUGAUUUUAGACAUUUGAGACAUAUGAAUGAUUUCAAUAGAUUAAAUAGAAGGUUCAAUUGUAAUUGAUUGAGAAGUUAAAAAAAAUCUAAAGUCACCAAUUUUAUAAAUACAGCAUUUUUUCUUACAUAAUUUGAUUAGAUAAAUAAACAUAGGAUAGAAAUAAAAUAAUUAUAAUAUAUAUUUGUCUUUAUAUAAGAAUUUAAUUAUCAUAACCCUGCCGGAUACAUUAAUAAUAUGACAAUUGUAAACAUAAUAGUACCAAUCAUAGAAGUAUAGAUAAUAUCACCUAAAAUAUUCAACCAUCAUAUAUAUUUUAUCUUCGCAAUAAAAUUGAAGCCAUAUUACUUUUAAUAGUCGUAGUAAACAUGCGUCCAUAGAAUAUUUUUCUAGAUGCCCGAUAUAAUGUAUAUAUAGAUAUAAAAUACAAAUUAUUAUACAACGUAUAGAUAUAAUCGAUUUUUUCAAUUAAGAGAUAAGUUUACAUGUUAAUAUAUUCAUUACUCUAGUCAUUUCAAAUCUGCUCAAGAUAUUGGUUUUAUUUGAAACGUUUUGCGUUGUCAACAUGCUUAUUCAGAGCUAUAUAUAUAUUAAUUAUAUAAACAAAAUGAUUUGUCGACACUGGCUCUCUAUGCACAACUAUUUUUCUCGUGGCAAAACCAAAUUUAAAACAGUAAAUUUUAGUUCAUAAAAUUCUAUUAUAUAAUUUUAAUAGUGAAAACGUUAUUUUUCGUAAACUUCUCGUCGUUUAGAAACGUUUAUUCAAUGUGCAGAAUUUCAAAAAUUCUACUAGGUUUUCUUGCGAAGCUAUCUAGCAAAUUUCAUUCAUAUUUACAGUAUUUUACGCCUGAUAAUAGACCUGAUGGAGCUAAUUGCUAUUAAAAUAAAAAUUGCAACCUUUUCGUUGUAUUUUGUAGCUUGGGAACGUUUGCGAAUAUACUUAGCUCUUACGCAUAUGAUAUGUAAAUAAAACAAAAAUAUAAUGAUUCUAGCGGGAUAAUGCCUUUACUAUUACUGUACUUUAAGUUUUGAUAAAAAAAAUUUUCUUCUACACAUUUAUGUAUAACAUAUAUAAAUUUACAAUAUAUAUCUUUCUUAAUGCUUAAUAGUUGACGAGUCGUGGAAGUUCUAAUUAAAACUGACCACAGUAUACCAUCAAUAUAUCUGGAACUUUUUAUUUUUCAUUAGAAAAUAAAAUUAUUUUAAAUUAAUA